AUGGCGUCUGUUCAAUCGAGUGCGGUCCAGCAAUGGCAGGAGGUGGAGACAUGUGACAACGAUUUGCUUGCGUUUGUGCUGAACAGCAAGUUUAAGUCCAAUUUGACGCAGUUGAGGCACGAUACGGUGGGACGGGUGGUACAAGAGGACGAUCGUGCCGCGUUGCGCGAGUACCAGGAGACUUUCCCAGAGAUGGAGUUUAAGUCUAGUUGCAAGGCACACCAGUUGCUCAAAGAUAUGCAAGAACAGUACGAAAAGUAUCAACAGUCGCAGAAAGUGCGCACGUACAGCGUCGAUUUUGAUAAGGUGCCGGAUGAGGCUGUUGGUGCCCGUGAUCCUGCCAGUGUGGAGGGCAUAGAGGAACCCGUCGAGGGCGAUGACGACGAGAUACAUCAGAUGAGACGCCGGUUACUUGCGAGGAGACGCAGCAGCGGUAGCGAUGCAGUGGCAGAGGAAACCUUUGAUCAACAACUUGAAGUCAACGAAAACGUGCAAGACAACCUGAUCCAGGAUAUGACCAAACUUGUUGGGUCGUUAAAGCAAGGGGCUGUUGCCUUCCAAACAGCUUUGGAGGAGGACCAGAGAGUGUUAGGGGCCGCAGAGAUCGGUAUCCAAGUCGCGUCAAAGGGCAUACAGGAUAUAAGCGGGAAGUUGAGCAAGUACGACAAGUCUAAGCUUAGUUGGAUGUUCUAUAUAUCGGUUACUGUGUUCAUGAUUCUAGGUCUCGGCAUAACCUUCGUGAUCAUCAAACUGUUCCCAGCACUGUAG